ACCUGUGAAUGGCCUCUUCCUUAGGACGAUUUUGAUAUGGUUAUAGGCAGCUCGCGCCCACAAUGGCACACCACUUUGCAUACUAUAUGCAGCGGCUACUCUCCUCGACCCAUAUAAUUUACCGUACCCUGGAUAUUGUUCUUCGUUUUUAUAUCUAACCAAAAAAAUACAACUUCACUAGUAUUGUCUGGUAAGCUUUCAUGACCUUGACUUUUCCCAUUAUAUGCCAUUUGGCUACUGCAGAGCCGGUCCCAAUAGAAGAAAGGUUUCGGAUCUUCAGUCAAGCGCUGGUAAAAUGCCAAACUCCGCUUCUUGUCGAAUUCAUUUGCAUGCAGGUUAGGUUUCAAGCUAUUAAAAAAAUAAUCGAUGCGAGCAAGGCAAUGUUUUCAAUUUACGUUGUUUACAAACUCUACCUUAAACAUUUUUGAAAAACACGAAUACAAUGUUUUUGCUGAAUAUUAAACGGAAGGCCUUACAGGACUAGCACACUAUUACGGACCGGACAAUUCCAUUAAUUUGCAUUGUCAUUUCUCACACGCAUCGAAGUAGCCUCAGGUCAGUGGAAUGAUUGGUUAUCGUCAGCCCACAUGAUUGCUUGUCUGGUUGAGGUUUUGCAUGAGCUUGGUUACCAAUACAAUUGCCUGGUACUUCAUUGUCAUGCGCCUGGAUUCUGGGCUGAUAACUGUCUCUUUCGGUGUUUAAGCCUACCUUGUGUGUCUUAGUAAUCUAUCAUGUACAUCCAAACCAGGAGAACUUGGAAAUAUCAACCGAUGCUUUGCCAGUUGGGCGGAGUGAUGGCGUUGAGGUGGGGUGACGUUCUGUUUUUUGCCGCCAUGCUGCUGGUUUGCUGUUAUACUGCCCCCACUGACAUUCUUUACAGGAUGCUUGAGGAGCAGCCGCCAAACACCUUGAUCGGCAGCUUGGCAUCGGACGAGGGCUUGCCCGACUCGGGCCACCUGUACAAACUAGAAGUGGGCGCCCCUUACCUGCGUGUGGAUGGCAAGACCGGCGACAUCUACACCACUGAUAUCCCCAUUGACCGUGAGACGCUGCCAGACUGUCGCAACAUAUUUGAGGGUGACAAGUGCUUCUUAGAGUUUGAGGUGUCAAUCACAGACCUAAUGCAGGGCCAGACACCACGGUUGAUUGAGGGCCGCAUUGAGGUGCAGGACGUCAAUGACAACACUCCGCAGUUCACCUCACCCAUCCUCACACUGACCAUCCCGGAGAACACACACAUUGGGACCCUUUUCCCCAUCCCCAUGGCCAGCGAUAAGGACUCGGGCCACAAUGGUGUGGCAGAGUACUCGCUUAGUGCUGGGCCCGACGCUGACCAACUCUUUAGCCUUCAGGUUGCAGAGGACACAGAUGAGAAGCUGCCGCAGCUCAUCGUUAUGGGCAACCUGGACCGUGAGAAGAAAGACUCGUAUGACCUCAACCUCCGUGUGGUAGAUGGGGGAACACCACCACGUGCCAGCAGCGCCCUGUUAAGGGUGACUGUUACUGACCAGAACGACAACGCUCCCAAGUUUGAGAGGAGCCACUACGAGGCUAAUCUGGCUGAGAACAGCCCUAUGGGACACUCAGUCCUGCAGGUCAGAGCAAAUGACGCUGACACGGGCACCAACAGUGAAAUUGAUUACAGCCUGCACCAGGCAUCUGAUGCUGUCCAGAGGCUGCUGCGCAUUGACCGCGCUACAGGCACAAUAUAUGUCAAGGGCCUGGUGGACCGUGAGGAGGAGAGUUUUCUGAAGUUCUUUGUAGUGGCCAAGGACCGUGGCCCCAACUCCAAGAGCUCCAAAGUCCUGGUAACCAUCAACGUCAAGGACCAGAAUGACAAUGCACCCGCCAUUGAGAUCCGUGGCAUUGGUCUGGUCAUCCACCAGGAUGGCGUGGCCAACAUCUCAGAGGACAUGCCUAUAGGUACUCCUGUGGCCCUGGUGCAGGUGUCAGACCGUGAUGAAGGAGAGAACGCUGUGGUUACCUGCGUGGUGGCUGGGGACGUUCCCUUCCAGCUGCGGCCCGCCAGUGAGUCAGCCAACGAUCGCAAGAGGAAGUACUUCCUGCAAACCACGACCCUGCUGGACUAUGAGCGUAUUAAAGACUACAGGAUUGAAAUAGUUGCUGUGGAUUCAGGCAACCCUGCUCUGUCCAGCACCAACUCACUGAAGGUGCAAGUUAUGGACAUGAAUGACAAUGCGCCUGUCUUCUCCCCUACCCUAUUUGAAGUGGACUUUGCUGAGGAAAACCAGCCAGGCGAUAGGGUCCUGGAUGUGGUGGCCACAGAUGCAGAUAGUGGCUCUAACGCAGAGCUGACCUACAGCAUCGUAAUGGACUCGGCAACUAAGGGCCUGUUUGAGAUUGACCCAAAAACAGGAGAGGUGCGUGUGAGAAACACUUUGGACCGUGAGCACAAGGAACGCUAUGAGUUCCACGUGGCGGCAGCCGAUAAGGGCGUGCCUAGCCUGAGAGGGACGGCCACUGUGGUUGUUAAGGUGCUGGACCGUAAUGAUAAUGACCCCAAGUUCAUGUUGAGUGGCUACAGCUUCUCUGUCUUGGAGAACAUGCCUCCGCUCAGCCCUGUCGGCAUGGUGACAGUAAUCGACGCAGACAAAGGUGAGAAUGCUAGGGUUCAGCUCUCGGUGGAGCCAGACAAUGGCAAGUUUGUCAUCCAGAAUGGCACAGGCACUAUCCUCUCAAGUAUUUCCUUUGACCGUGAGAAGGAGAGCACCUACACCUUCCGUCUCAAGGCUGUGGAUGCAGGUGACCCGCCCAGAUCCUCCUAUGUUGGAGUGACCAUCAAUGUCUUAGAUGAGAAUGAUAACGCCCCCUACGUCACCAAGCCCUCCAACUCCUCAUAUAAGUACCUCCCUCCUCUUACCACUCCGGACACCACUGUGGAAGUAGUAAAAGCAGAGGAUAUUGACAGUGGACCCAAUGCUGAGCUGGUCUUUAGCAUCACUGGCGGAAAUCCCUAUGGCCUUUUUCAUAUCUCGCCAAGCAAUGGAGAGAUUACCCUGGCACAGGAGUUCACCGGCAAGCACAAUGGCCUCCACCGUCUGGUUGUUAAGGUGAGUGACAAAGGCAAACCCCCGCGCCACACCACCGCCCUGGUCCACAUUUUCGUCAAUGAGACCAUCGGAAACAUCACCCUGAUAGAGUCCCUGGUCGGCCACAGCCUCUACACCCCUCUGGAUAGAGACAUUGCCGGAGACCCCAACUACGCACUGGCCCAGCGUAGCAACAUCCUUUACGGCAGCCUGGCAGGCAUUGCUGGAGUUAUCUUAGUUAUCGUGGUGGUGGUGGUGAUCCGACACCGCCUGCAGAAGGACACCAAGAGUGGAUACCAGGCGGGUAAGAAGGAGAGCAAGGAUCUGUAUGCCCCCAAAGCAGGACCUAAGAAUGGCAAAGGCAAAAAGGGCAGAAAGGGCAAGGCGCCCAAACCUGCCAAGCCACUGGAGGAGGAUGAGGAGGCCAGCCUCCAGAAGGGACUUAAAUUCAACCUCAUAAAUGAUAGUGUUAAUGACAGUCCCCGUAUCCACCUGCCUCUCAACUACCCCCCAGGCAGCCCUGACCUGGGCAGACAUUACCGCUCUAACUCCCCACUACCAUCCAUCCAGCUGCAGCCGCAGUCUCCCUCCGCCUCCAAGAAGCACCAAGCUGUUCAGGACCUGCCUGCCACCAACACCUUUGUGGGCACAGGCGACAACAACUCGACAGGCUCUGAUCAUUACUCGGAUUACAGCUACAAGGCCAACCCACCGAAAUACAGCAGCAAACAGAGAGUCAUCUACCCACCCUGUAAAGAACCUUCUAACUACACUGCUGGCAAUCAGUUGGAUCAACACACUCUUCCUCACCGCCGAGUGACGUUCUCCACUACUAAUCAGGCUCAAGACCAGCAGGACCCCUCUCAGCACAGCUACUACGACAGCGGAUUGGAGGAGUCAGAGACCCCCAGCUCCAAAUCAUCAUCUGGACCCCGCAUCGGACCCCUUGCCCUUCCUGAAGACCACUAUGAGAGAACCACUCCGGACGGCAGUAUCGGAGAGAUGGAACAUCCGGAGAACGGUGCAGUAUCGGGCGCUGAUCAAGAGAUGGGGGCCAGCCAAAAAAGACUGCCUUAAGACACAAAAAAGACAGAGAAUCGAAAAUCGUCUUUUUCUCAAAAUUUCUAAAAUACUGAGUGCAUUUGCUUUUUCUCUGUGGCGGUUCAAAGGAGCUCCUCCUUUGCGUCAUAUGCCUGUGGUUGUGAUCUUUUGUCGCUUGAUGUGUGUCAAGUAGAAACUUGGUAUAAGUCUCUGUUGUGGAGUAAUGAAAGAAAGAGAAUAACUCCGACAAAAGUUAUUGAUAACUCAAAAAAAUUACUGGAACCUUGUCUUUUUGGAGGAAGAGACUGGCAGUUCAGUAAUUCUCCCUGAAGGUUUUCUUCUCUAAUUUUUUGAUAUUUUUGAAGCAGAACUCUUAUCUCUGUGGACACUGCGGCCUUCUUUAUAUGGAUGUAAUCAAUAUCUAGUGUAUCCAUUAUGUUAUAACUGGAUUAUGUCUUCAUUUUUGCAGUUUUUUUGCAGCCAUUGCAAUCUCCUUCAUUCUGUUACUGGACUGGUUCCAAAGUGUGCAUCGAGUUUGAGGGGAGGGCCAAAUUUUUUGAAUGGAACCCACACUUUUCCACCAGCCUCUGUCACCUGUUUCCUGUCCACCUGUCUGUCUGUUCCUCAUUUAUGAUUGACAGUUAGAGUAAUCAGGACAGGGUUUGGCAGGUAGGUCCCGCUUCAGUUCUCAUGGCUGGCUAAACUUUCCCCUUCUCAGACCUCUUUCUAAGACAUUCUCCUAUUAGCAAAUAGAGAGGGCCAAGUUGAUUUGAAUCCUCCAAUAAGGUUUAUGACCACCUGGCAGUUAACACCUCAGUCGCUCACCUUCAUUCAGUGCUGCUUUGAAUAGUUUUUUAUCUGUUUCCUCUCCUUCUCACCUCCUGCAAGUGAAAUCCAUAUGCUGCAAAGGAAGCCUGACACAUAUGAACCAAAUCACCUCUUUUUUCUAUUUCCUUUUCCCCACUUUUCUCACGCCAUAGGACUCUACUCAGUGAGAACCAGUGAAAGUGAAAAUUGUUUUCAAAUGAGAACAUUAUUGUGCCUGAGACCUUUAUUGGGUUGGCAGACUGCAUUGGCACACCCAAAUGAAGAGUAGCUCACAGGUGGAAAAAAAGAGUUGAAAAUCCACUAAGUUCAGUAAUUAGAUUGUCUGGCUUCACUGAAACUCACUCACACAAAGUGGACAAGGGCUACUUUAUCUAGAGUAGCGUCGGCACGCUCCUGUAACAUUUGACUUCUCUCAAACACAGAACUAUCUUAUGUAAUCAUAAAAUAAAACAUUUGCAGUAGGAAAGCCGAUUGACAACUGGCUCAAAGGGAUAAUCCUUCACGCAAAGUGGCUUCUUAGUUGUCCAUAUUGCACCUCUUUCAACCUGAAAUGUGUAUUUAUGUAACAAAUGUAAAGAGUAUUUACAGUCAAAUAUAUGGUUUGAUUGUUGGACAUGGUAAAUGGUGUAAAGAUAUAUUUACUUUUAAAGGAAUAGUUCUGAAUUUAUCUACUUUCCCAGUGUCAAAUGAACUCAUGCAAACCCUUUUCCAUACAUUAGCAUUAGAGGAAGUUAGAGGCAGUUAUACAAGCUUUUGCUAAUCGCUGAUUGAUCCUUCUGGGGUCAAUACAAAACAUAAAAUAGGAAAAAUUACAAACAAGUGAUACAUUGAAAGACCAGAACAGUCACACCUAUUUGAAAUACACCCAAAAAAAAUUGUUGAUUGAGUCUGUGCUUCUGUGUGUUUGUCUCAGUCCUGGUUGUACCAUUGUUUUAUUCAUUUUUAAAAGGUAGUUUUACUCUUUGCUUGAACAUUAGUACAGUUGUUCCCAUACACUUCCAGCUAUUGUGCAGACAUUUAAUAGUGCCUUCCUUCGAACUGCACACAGAGACAUAACAAUGGUAUCCACAAGUUAAAAUGGCUGUGGGGAAAUAGAUAAGGGCCUCACUGACAAAACUUUGAACUAUCCCUUUAAGACACUCACUGACAUGAUGAUUUAACUGGUUUUUAUCGUUGUAGGAAAUGCAAUGACAAAAAUGAAGUCAGGGCAGAAUCCUUGUCUCAUGUAAGCUAGUGCUAGAGGUCCAUUUGAGUAUGUGGGCAGUCCAAAGGAAGUACAGUACCUGUGAAUGUACUUUGUAUUGAAAAACUUUUAUUAUAAUAAAGAAAGCGGAAAACG